CGGCUCCGCGCACGCGCCCCGGUGGUGCCGUGCGGGAGGGCGGCGCGGAGCGGUUCCGGGUCGGGCGGCGGCGCCAUGGCGUGUGCCCUCGUCCCCUUCGGCCGCCUGCGGGACCUGGGCGCGGCGCGGGACUUCCUCUGUCCGCAGCGGCGGCACGGCGGCGCCGCGGGGGGCGCAGGUAAACCAACAAACUGGGAAGAUGGUGGCUGGGGAGCCUGGGAUGAAGCAGAAUUACCAGAACCUGAAGAAGAGGAAUCUGCUUCCAAGAGCCAGAAAAAUUACUGGCUUCAAGACUGCGUGUUGUCCUUGUCACCAACAAAUGACCUGAUGGUCAUAGCCAAUGAGCAGAAAGCAGUUUUCUUAGUGUCUAAAUGGAAGCACAGUGACCAGGGAAAAGAAGAAAUGCAGUAUGCUGUUGGCUGGAGUGGCUCUCUGAAUGUUGAAGAAGGUGAAUGUGUGAGUAGUGUAUUGUGUAUCCCACUGGCAAGUCAGAAGAGGAGUUCCACAGGUCGUCCUGACUGGACCUGCAUUGUGGUUGGCUUCACCUCUGGCUACGUUCGUUUUUAUACUGAGAGUGGAGUACUGCUUCUUGCACAGCUUUUAAAUGAAGAUCCUGUCCUGCAGCUUAAGUGCAGAACCUAUGAAAUUCCCAGGCAUCCUGGUGUCACAGAACAGAAUGAAGAACUAAGUAUCUUGUAUCCGGCAGCAAUUGUGACAAUUGAUGGUUUCAGCCUGUUUCAGUCCCUCCGUGCAUGUCGCAAUCAGGUAGCAAGAGCUGCAGCAUCUGGCAAUGAGAACGUUCAGCCGCCACCAUUAGCUUAUAAGAAGUGGGGUUUGCAGGAUGUGGAUACAAUUGUUGACCAUGCUAGUAUUGGCAUCAUGACACUGUGUCCUUUUGACCAGAUGAAGACUGCCUCCAAUAUAGGUGGAUAUAACGCAGCUAUAAAAAACAGCCCACCUGCUAUGUCUCAGUAUGUUACUGUUGGAUCCAAUCCUUUCACUGGUUUCUUUUUUGCCCUGGAGGGUAGCUCACAGCCUCUGUUGUCUCAUGUUGCCUUAGCAGUUGCAAGUAAACUGACUUCAGCAUUAUUUCACGCUGCCAGUGGCUGGCUUGGUUGGAAGAGCAAACAUGAAGAAGAACCUGCCCAAAAACAGAAACCAAAAGUUGAACCAGCAACCCCAUUAGCAGUGAGGUUUGGACUUCCAGAUUCCCGUCGCCAUGGUGAAAGGAUAUGUCUUUCUCCAUGCAACACAUUAGCAGCAGUAACAGAUGAUUUUGGAAGAGUUAUUUUACUGGAUGUUACAAGAGGACUUGCAGUUCGCAUGUGGAAAGGAUACCGUGAUGCAGAAGUUGGUUGGAUACAGACUGUAGAGGACCUUCAUGAGAGGGAAACUGAGAAGGUGGAUUAUUCUCCUUUUGGAAGUGCACAGUGUCCAAGCAGAGUGGCUCAGUUCCUUGUCAUCUAUGCUCCAAGGAGAGGAAUUUUGGAAGUGUGGAGCACACAGCAAGGGCCUCGUGUUGGGGCCUUCAAUGUGGGGAAGCAUUGUCGGUUAUUGUAUCCUGGUUAUAAGAUAAUGGGUUUAAACAAUGUGACCAGUCAGGGAUGGCAGCCCCAGACUUACCAGAUAUGUCUUGUUGAUCCAGUCGCCGGAAGUGUAAAAACUGUCCAUGUACCUUUUCAUUUUGCAUUGAGUGAUAAAAAAAGUGAGCGAGCAAAGGAUAUGCAUCUAGUGAAGAAGUUAAAUGUUUUACUCAAAGCUAAAGCCUCAGAUCCAGACUUGAUUGAAGCUGAAGCGAAGGAAUUAAUACUUGAUAUUAAAUACCCUGCCACAAAGAAACAGGCUCUGGAAAGUAUAUUGACAAGUGAACGCGUGCCCCUUUCAUCUCUCACAAACAUCACUCAGACAUUAAUGGAUAACUUAGAAAAACAGGAGCUCGAGUGCAUGGAUGAAGGACUACUGCAGUUCUGUGCAAACAAGCUAAAGCUGUUACAUCUUUAUGAACUAGUGAGCAAACUAAAUUCCCAAAGCAUACAGGAAGAUACUACACCCUCAGAUAAUGACUUGGCUAAACUGCUUCGGCUAGAAGAAAAAGAUUUUCAGAGGCUCCAAACAUUGCUGGAGAACUACAAGAAAGAAGACACCCAAACUCCUGUUCAGUUUGCUGAUGUGAAUGAUGAUGUAUUGUCUGUGAAAAUGUUCUUGGAGUAUUUAGAGUAUGAAAAGGAUGCGAUUAAUGUGAAAAAUAUGGAAGACAGCAAAUAUGUGGCUUUAGGCAACUUUUUCUUCUGGAAGUGUUUGUGUGGAGAGAGUUCCGCAGAGGAAAUUUGUCAUGCAUUGGAAUCAGCAGGUUUUAGCCCUCAAAUCUUGUUGUCACUCCUCCUCAAUUUAUGGCUUUCCAGGGAAAAAGACAUUCUAGAGAAACCAGACUCUACCAGUUGCCUUUAUACUACACUGUCACUCCUGAGCAAAAUGAAAGUUGCUAUCGAUGAAUCCUGGGACACUCAGUCUGUUUCCCCCUGGUGGCAGCAAAUGCGAACAGCUUGUAUUCAGUCUGAAAAUAAUGCAGCUGCCUUAUUAUCUGCUCACGUUGGAAACUCUGUUACUGCACAGAUAAUUGACAGUGUGACAGAGAAGAAGUUUUCCCAAAUAAUUGUAGGUUCAGACACAGAAUCCUGGGAAGCACUGUCUCUUGAUGCUGAAUAUUGGCAACUUUUGCUGAAGCAGUUAGAGGAUUGUCUGAUACUUCAGACACUACUGCACAGCCAAGUGAGCAAGAGAACAAAAAAAGUUUCAUCUCUACAGACCGAGCCUUUGGGUAGGAUUUCUGUAAAGAAAUUGCUGGAAAGUGGAAAAGGAGGUAUUGCUGACACUGUAGCAAAGUGGGUUUUUAAGCAAGGCUUCAAUCCUCUUGUACUGAAUUUGGCACAACACAGAAACAAUGCAGAGAGUACUGAAGAAGCUGUAGAAAUGCAUACCAAUAUCUUUCUUGAGGAACCAGAAGUAGAUGAAGGCUUGGAAACAAUCCUAGAGCUGCUGCAGCUAGCAUAUCAGCAGUUUCCAUGUAGUCUUGAACUGGAUGUACUCCAUGCACAUUGCUGUUGGGAAUACGUAGUGCAGUGGAAUAAAGACCCAGAGGAAGCAUGUUUUCUCAUUACGUCUAUAGACCAUCUUAGAUGCAUCCUUAAUGCUCAUGUUCAGCAUGGUAUUGCUCUGAUGAUGUGGAAUACAUUCAUAGUAAAAAGGCUUUCUUCUGCUACAUAUCUAAUGGACAAGGUGGGAAAAGCUCCGAAGGACAGAUUAUGCAGAAGGGAUGUCGGUAUGGGUGACACAGCAAUGACGGCUUUUCUUGGCUGCUGUUCAGAUCUUCUGCAAACAUUGCUAGAGGCUGAUGUUAGUAGUGACGAAAUGCAGGCUCCUGUCCUGGAUACUGAAGAUGCUUGGAUGUCGGUAGAAGGACCAGUAUCGAUAGUAGAACUAGCGCUUGAGCAGAAACGCAUUCACUAUCCGCUUGUUGAACACCAGUUUGUGUUAUGUACAAUCUUGUAUGCUAUUAUGAGGUUUUCUCUGAAGAGUGUGAAGCCUCUCUCACUAUUUGAUAGCAAGGGCAAGAAUGCAUUUUUCAAAGACCUUACUUCAAUUCAACUGCUACCUAGUGGGGAUAUGGAUCAAAGUGUGUUAUCCAUACGGCAACAGUUUUUGAUCAAAGUUGUGAGUGCAGCGGUUCAAAAGCUAUGUUCUUCACAAAAAGCUAAAGAAGUUUCAGAAGAGGAAUUGUUUCCCUUCGAAAAGGCAAGGAAUUGGCCAACUUUGGCUGUGGAUCUAGCUCAGUAUCUUCAGAUCUGUGAGGAUGUGGUCAGAAGACAUUAUGUCUGUGAACUGUAUAGUUAUGGGAUGGAUCAUCUUGGUGAAGAGGCCUUUCUUCAGGUGACUGACAAAGAAGUGCUUGCAUCACAGCUGCUCAUACUGGCUGGACAGAGACUGGCCUUUUCUCUACUUCAUGUACAGACAAAAGAGAGCAUGGAACUUCUUGCUAGACUUCCUCCAACACUAUGUACUUGGCUUAAAGCUAUGGACCCCCAGGAACUUCAAAAUGUAGAAGUGCCAAUUGCUACAACAGCUAAACUAAUUAACAGAGUAAUAGAGCACUUACCAGAGAAUCACGGGCAAUAUAGCCUUGCUUUGAACCUAAUAGAGGCUGUAGAAGCAAUCUCGUCAUGACAUUUUUUGUUGGAACGGUUCUACUAUAUAGUGCUACAAUGCAUGAUUUUACAGAAUGAGGCUGAGAUUUACAGAAAUCAACUUUUGUGUGGCUUUUGUUAAACAACAAAAAAGAACAAUGUUACCCACCCCAGAAUUUUGGAAGAUAAUUUAAUAAAAUUGGAGCGUAUUUUAAAUUCUGCACUAGUAGAAAGAUGUUUAGUUUCUAGUAUACUUGUCAGUAUCUGAAACGCUUUAUUUAUUUGACUUGAACGCUUUUUGCUGUAGUCUAAAUUGGGUAUAUUUGACAGCAGUUUUAGUCUAUUUACAAAAUCACGUCUUGUGAAAUUCUGUAUUUCAUGCUAGCAGUAACUGCUACAGUUACAAUGGUCCAUGCUUGAUUUAUCAAAACAAGCUGUAGAAUUAAACCUGAGGAAAAUCUUCAGUCUUUUAAGUUACCAUGUAAAGCCCAUACUGCUUUCCCAGAAGAUAGAAGGGGUGUGGAGCUCAUUCCUAGUAACUGUUACACAUGACAAUAACAACUGCACUAGACAUAGAAUGAAACGUGCUGGGGCCUUAUGCAAAGGAAGAAGAUCCCAUGUAAGAAUCAGCUCUGAUGGGAGAACUCACUUCUCCGGACAUAGACCCAUCCUUUAGUCCAGUUUCAGUUUCCCAGCAUUGUCUCCAGGGUGUUGGGCUUCAGCUAAAACUGGAUUUACAUCUUUCUCCUUUAUUAUUAAGCUCUGCUCAGUCUAAGUAGGUCAAGGACUGUCUUACUGUAAGAUUGUUCCCAUCUUAUCCUUAUAGAAGAUGUAGUAUGCUAUAGAUCUCUGCACAUGUUGACUUGUAGUCAAAAAUUGCUUAAAUAGUUGACCCAACUUCACUGAAGCUCUACAGUACUGAAUACCUUAGCCUUAACAAAAAGUAAAAACAACCAAACAAAAAAGAAACAAACCUUAUGUAUAAAUACCUACAGAGAACUGCAUAGUGAGCAUCUUCACUGUUGGAGUGGUAUUAAAAAUUAUCUUGCAUCAUUUAGUAGUUUAUUUUCUACCUAAAGGAAAGCCAGGAAAGAUUGGUGUAAUAGUGGUGUAAGCUGUUUUUUGUCUUGAAGUCAGUUGAAAUUACUGUCUCCAUCUUGUAACCUGCUCUUCUUGCAUUAUAUGUAAGAACGUACUCUGCCGUGUUAGAGACAGAAGUUGGUCUUACCUUUCUGAAGUAUGUGCUGCUGUCACCUUAGGGUUAGAUUCCCCCUAAAACAUGGUUCUAUAGGUGGCUUGUUCUACAUAGACUCCUCCAUCUGUUCAGCAUCCCGUUUUAUCACUGCACUUUAAUGUAGAUGAUGAGGCUUCCUGAAGCACUUUGAUGCUGAGUGUUUUGACACCACACUGGUAUAGGAAGUCAGUGACUAAAGACUAGUAAGAGUUCCAGUUAGACUAAGGGGCUGGUACUGGUCUGCCUUUCUUUCAGAUUAGUUCAGUCAUGGAAGUAAAAUUAAAACAGCUGUAAGGGAAAAAUGGAAGAAUGCAAGAUUAGGCAGUGACUGUACCACCUUUCCUGACAGCACUUCAAACUUCUGCAGAAACAAACGUGAGAGAAUCAGUUAUCAUGAAACCUGAGGAAAAACAAAAAUGUGUCUUAGUUGCAUUACAUUCCUGUAUCCUGGUACAGCUGUGUAAAGGAUUUUACUGUAACUAAAUUGGUCAGAGCUGACACUCAACACCAAUCAAAUCUGUAAUGUAUUGUAAGUAAUAUUCUGUAUAUAGUGCUAUUUUGUGUCUAAUUUGCUGUGGAUUUGUGUAAAUUGAUUAAAUAAAAUUGGAGGUUUCA